CGUCAUACAAUCAUUUCAUGUUAUAUAUUUUAACUAUUCAACAUAAUUGUACUUUCGAUUCUGCAUUGAAUUCUUUGUGUAUAACCUAAAUUCGUUGUGAGUAAACAUAAUGAGUAAAAUAAUGCAGAGAAGACUUGCGGAUAAUAUUGCAUCUGAUCAUUUAUCUUGUCCGAUAUGUAAAGAUCCUUUGCAAGACCCAAAACUAUUACCAUGUGACCAUACGAUAUGUUGUGAAUGUUUGACCCAGCUGAUACAUUCGUCACGACGUUUUAACAAAUUUUCGUGCCCCGUGGACCGACGAGAGAUUAGAGCGCCAUCUUAUAAUAUAUCAGCAGAAGAAUGGGCUAAUUCUUUUCCAUCAGACGAUUUAGCUAUAGUGUUGCUACAGGCUGUUUCGGGUGAUGUCACAACGCAAGCAAAAUCUAAAAAUACCAUACCUUGUACCGAACACCCAGGAAACAUUUGUGACUUUUUCUGUUUCGGGUGUUAUCAGAUUAUAUGUUCCGAAUGUGCUGUUGAGAAUCACAGGAGUACCGAAUGUAAUUGCAAAAAUUUCAAAAAAUGUGCCGACUUAGCAAGGGAGAAAUUGGGAGAUGCAUAUAACGAAAUAGGAAAUCUGAUUAGCUAUGGACAAGACAUCGUCACUAAAGAGAUCGGAAAAGAUCAACUCUUGAAGCAAUCAAGGCAGCAGAUUAAAAAUACAGUUCUAAGAUUGAAAUCCAUCGUUUAUAAUUUUGAGAAAAUGGUAAAUCGAAAAAGUUUGGACAUACUGAACAAAGUAGAAAGCGUUGCAAACGUAGAACAUCUACAGAAAAAAACGGAAGAAAUUGUUAAAGAUUUAAAACGAGUCCGUGAUGAAGUGGAAUAUUCAAAAUCUCAAACCUCAACCAAGGAUAUGUUAACCGUUUUAUCAAACGUCCCAGAAAGUCUGCAGAAAAAUACUGAUCUGUUGAAUUCACUUGGAGUAUCAGAUGAUCCAAUUGAGAUAAAAUUUGAACUAAAUGAAACGUUUUUAAAUUUGUGUGACACACUUGUUGAUCAACCUAUAGGAACAGUUCAUGUCGUUCCUGCGAAUACAUUAGAUUUUGAAGACACGGAGGCCACAGUAUGCAACCAGCGAAUCAAAUUUUCAUCGGAUGUUUUACCUUCUCGUGCACUUGAACUUGAAUCAUUUCUUCAGAUUAAAGUUGAGCCAAUUGGACAAGAGAAUAAAAUUGCUGCAAGAUUUACGGGUUUAAUACUUCACGGAUAUGCAAUAAUUGCGAUAGACAAUGCAAACUUUAAGGUAAAAAGAUUCCGAGUCACUGUCAAAGAACAGUUCAUUGACGAAAUUUCAAUUCAAGGUGUAUACGAUAUUACCAAUAUUCAUGAAAACGACGAUGUCUUAGUUACUUCCCCUGGGACACAAUCGCAUCUAUUUCGAUUAUCAACUUACAAAAGUUUAAGCAUUAUUUCAAAAACCGUUACUGAUAAGGCCUAUUAUAAUAUUUCGCGUUUGCCGGAUUAUGCGUACGCAGUCAUUUGUCACUCAAGCCCUAGUAGUGCUUCCAAAAAGAGAUCGAAUUUUGAUUGGUCACGUGGGGUAACGUCACAUAUUGAUAUCAUCAACGUUGAUGGAAAUGUUUUGAAACAUUUUAGUGAAUCCUUUCUUUGUGAACCAACCGAAUUCGGUAAUCCUUUUAUUAUGCCUCUAAAAAGUCUGUGUUGUCUUCCAAAUGGGACUAUAGCAGCUAGCAUUGAAACAAAAACACACAGUUUUAUCUCUUGCAUUAACCAGAACGGACGCAUCAAAUGGACAUUCAAUUUAAAUGACACUUGUGAAGGAGUUUGUUAUUAUGAUGGUAAAAUAUAUGUGUUCCUACGGGAAUCUCAAGUAGUGCGUGUUCUGUCGGUUGAGGGUGGUUUGAAACCGACGUCCACCUUUAGACUUCCUCAUUACAUUGGUGACGGGAGUAGUUUAAUCGUUUGCAGAAAUCUUUUGGCAGUGAUUGACAAAACUAAUUCAAUAAAAAUAUAUAAAUUACAAUGAUAAAAUGCAUUAAAAAAAUGAUUAAAGAUGAUGAUAUCAAAUCAGUAGACUAUAUUUACUUAAUCCAAAUAAUUUAGCUCAUGCCAAACAAAUACGUAAUUAUUUGAUAUUAGCUUUAGAAGUUUAUAAUAACGAUUAGUGCUAGUUGGUCUACCAUAAGUUAUGGAAGAACUACAUAUUUACAAAAAAUAGACACGUAGUUCACCCCGUAUAACUCCGAUACAAAUGAAUCCGGACUCGCUGGAAUCGAAAACCCCGUGUACCACAGAGUUCAGACAGAGGAGAAUUUACAAUUUAUUGGAAAGUCCAAUAUUUGUUCUUCGGAUAUCUAGCGUCAAUAUAUUCUUUUUUGUAUAAAACAUUUCUAAUUGCAAGAUUUUUUUUUUAAAUAUGUGAUAUUUUCAUAAGCAAAUAUCACAAUUUCUUUAAUCAAAUAUCAUUAUCACGACCUUGCCAUUGAUAGAAGCAUGCUCACUAUUUUUUAUUUUAUUUGUAUCGGAGUUAUACGGGGUAAACAACGUGUCUAUUAUAUAAAGCAUAUCAUUAAUUAUCUCUUGUUAUGCAUUAUAUUGCAUUUAAAUUAUAUGUCAUGUUGCAUAUGUCAUGUAUGUUUUACACUUGGAUUACGCAAUGUCAUAUUUAUUAUAUGUGCUUUAUCCAAUAAAAUAUUUGAUUUGAUUUUAAAAUGAAAAACAAAAUGUUUUACACGGAUUGUUUAUCUGAAGACAUUGUAGUCGAGCAAAUUAGUGACAGAAUUAAACAAAUGUAUGUAUGGCUACUAGUAUGAAUAUAAAUAAAUUAAUGAGUUUGGAAAUUUAUAUAUAUAUAUAUAUAUAUAUAUAUAUAAAUAUAAACAGUGGCAGAUCUAUACGUAUAGAUUGUGACUUUAGAGUUUGACUCAAAAUAAGAUUUCAGAAACAUGUGCGAGAGCAACAGUUCAUUUCGAUUUCUAACCGUGCUCUGUUAAAUAUCAGCAAACCAACAUCAUUUGAUUGAGUAACGUGUCGGAAUUAAUUUUUUGAUUAUUUAUAUAACGGAUAUUGUGGUUUUAAUAAAAGAAAAGGAAAUAUUGCA